GAGAAGACAAAAUUUCCCACUCCACUCGAAUUAAAACCCUAGCGGCUACAACCUUCGUUCCCCGCCGCCUCGUCCACCUGUCGCCGGCGCGCCGCCACUGCCACCGCCAGCGAGAUUGCGACCUGAGAGGUCCCGCGUCGUCGUGCUGUUCCCGGCUCUACCUUCGCCGCGGCCACCAUGAUCUGUGCAAGUAAGCUCCUUUGCCUCAGCCCCCCAUCCUUUAUUUUCUUCAAAACCCUAGCUACCCGAUCCGUCUCCCCGUGCGCUAAUUCGUCUUCCGUGGCCUCUACGUUUGGGCCUGAAGUCUCCGGCGAGGUGCCGGAUGAGCCGGUGGUAUCAAAGAGGUCGGGGCUCCUCUUUGAGCGGCGGCUCAUCGAGCGCUACAUUGAGGACCAUGGAAAGUGUCCAGUUACGAAGGAGGAACUCUCCAUGGACGACAUCGUGCUGGUGAAGACCAACAAGGUCGUGAGGCCCAGGCCUCUGCAGGCUGCAAGCAUUCCCGGACUCCUUGGAAUCUUUCAAAACGAGUGGGAUGCUCUUAUGCUUUCUAAUUUUGCUUUGGAGCAGCAGCUUCACACAGCAAGACAAGAACUUAGUCAUGCGUUAUACCAGCAUGAUGCUGCCUGCCGUGUUAUAGCCAGAUUAAAGAAGGAAAGAGAUGAGUCUAGAGCACUUUUGGCUCUAGCUGAGAGACAGAUUCCCGCUUCGAUGGCAGGAGUUGCACCUGCAGCUGUUGUUUCCAAUGGAAAAAGAGCAAUGGAGGAUGAAAUUGGCCCUGAUGGGAAGAAGAUACGCCCUGGUAUCAAUCCUGUCAUGAUCGAUGAACUAACAGAGUGUAAUACCAUGCUUUCUGCCCAGCGUAAGAAACGACAGGUACCACCAAGUUUGGCAUCAAUUGAUGAACUGGAGAGAUAUACUCAGAUCUCUAGUCAUCCACUCCACAAGACAAACAAGCCGGGCAUUUUGUCUAUGGAUAUCCAUCCGUCAAAGGACAUAGUUGCAACUGGGGGUAUUGAUACGAAUGCAGUGCUAUUUGAUAGGACAUCUGGUCAAAUCCUGUGUACACUUGCUGGUCACUCCAAGAAGAUAACCACUUUGAAAUUUGUUCCACGGGAUGAGCUCGUGGUAACUGGAUCAGCAGAUAAGACUGUUCGGAUUUGGCAAGGGGGUGAGGAGGGAAACUAUAGUUGCAUCCAUACUUUGAAAGAUCAUACCGCUGAGGUCGAAGCUGUUACUGUGCAUGCGACUCAGAAGUACUUUGUGACCGCGGCCAAGGAUAAUACUUGGUGCUUCUAUGAUAUUUCAACUGGGUCUUGCCUCUCACAGGUUGGCGAGGCUUCAGGACAAGAGGGAUAUACAUCUGCGUCUUUCCACCCAGAUGGUCUUAUCCUUGGAACAGGAACUACUGAAGCUGUUGUCAAAAUUUGGGAUGUGAAAACUCAGUCCAAUGUUGCAAAGUUUGAGGGGCAUGCUGGACCUGUCACUGCUAUGUCCUUCUCUGAAAAUGGUUACUUCCUGGCGACUGCUGCUCUUGAUGGUGUCAAGCUUUGGGAUCUAAGGAAAUUGAGAAAUUUUAGGACUUUCUCGCCAUAUGAUUCGGAUACGCCGACAAAUUCUGUGGAAUUUGAUUUUAGCGGUACCUAUCUUGCUGUUGCUGGUUCAGAUAUAAGGGUUUACCAAGUAGCCAACGUCAAGACGGAAUGGAAUCUUAUCAAGACCUUGCCAGAUUUGUCAGGAACAGGGAAAGUGACCUCUGCGAAGUUUGGCACUGAUGCCAAAUAUAUCGCCGUCGGCUCUAUGGACCGUAACCUGAGGAUAUUUGGGCCUCCUGGAGAUGAUCAAAUGGAUGAUGAUGCAAAACCAUCGGCCGAGUGAGGAAAUGCAGUGUACCUGGUUUUACUUGUUUGAUGCUCCCUGUGCUCUCUUUUGGCAGUGAAUGGAUGGGUUGCGUAUGAGGAAAAGCAGGGUCCUCAGGGAGCAAUGGCGUGGGCGUCCGCCGAUGUAAAGACAUUAUUGUAUUGUAGGCUUCACUAAUUUUCUAAUGAGGAUAUAAUUUGUUUUGAAGAGGAAUACAAUCUCAAAGGGCUCGAGCCACGGGCAUGCAAGUUUCUUUUACCCGAGGCCGUUAUUUGAUGAAUUAAUGAGAUUUUAAAGAACAUGCAUUAUGCACUUUCUACUAAAAGAUGUUUCUUGUGCCUGAA